AUGUCGACAUCUCCAUCGAGUCCUCCGAAGAGGCCGAGGUUGUCUCUCCAGAUCAAUGCCAUUGCCAAUGGCCGGACUGGCCGGACGUCGAGAUGCCUAGCCGCUGCUGUGGACGUCAAGUCUCCAACCGCCUUCAAUACGCUCUCUAAUGUGUAUGCUACCGCUGUUGACCGGUCAACGCCGGUUCGGGAGAACCCCCCGACAGCAAUCUUGAAUGGGAGGCCGGUGUUGCGUUUGCAAACACAAGAUGUAGCCGUGAAGGACCGCCCGAUUCACCCGCCCUACCUGGGACCCUACCUUGACACACCGAUAACGGCCCAGCCAAUGUCACCAGCAAUAUCCAAGGAAAUCUGCUUCCCGAGCGCUGUCAUGACGGCGACGCCUCCGCUGUCGGCUCAACCCUCAGACCAAAAGGGCAAUCAUGUGUUCACGUUUGACACAAUGGCCACCGCGUCCUCGACGGCAGCGACGGCAACGGCGCACAAUGUGAAGGCACCGGAGACGGCGACGCAAAACCCAAAGAGACGGACGUCAAUGCCCUCAGGAACGGUCAAGCUGCCAUAUAUUCACCCGCGCACUCUCCGCAGCAUCCUCCGCAACUCGCCGCUCCCGCCGCUCAGCACAAAAUCUCCCGAGUCACCAAGGCGACAGUCCCUCCGUUUGCAAGAAAAAGCGGCGCGCCGUGUGGCCUACAACAGCCCGCUGACCCAGACCAUCACAACCAGCAAAUACGUCAAAUCCCACAUUGACCUCCUCGCCGAAGAUUCCACUCCUGUAUCACCCUUAACAUCAUCCUCAGAUGACGGCGACAACGCGCUGGACGAGGCCAUGGCCCACGUAAACCAGACCCGGGAUGGGGGCCAGACGCCGGGCCCCUUUGAGGAGAUGCGUCGACGUAUGGCAAACAUGCAUGCCUCGACUCCGGUCGCGUCAACACCAGGAGGUGGAGGCAUCCGCAAAAGGAGCAGCAAACGGUUGGAGAAGAAGCGGAGGUGGGUGUGGACCAUUGGGCAGGACGAGGAUGGCGAGGAA